AUGGCGGCCACGACAGUUAGAAGAGCGCCUUAUAAGGAUUUUCUUCAGCCAGCGCUACACAGACGAUUCACCUCGACAGCCACUGUUUUGCUUAUACUGUCCUAUCUACAAGCUAUCGUCUUGGACGGUUGGAAAUCUUACUUUUGGGCUUGGUUCCCUAUCGGUCCUGCCGGCGUACGAACCGCCUUCAUCUUCACCUGUGGCCUUGCGAUCGUCGUUCUGCGAAUAGCCAACUACCACGUUGGUCUACGAACUACUGGCUCCGGCUUCCAAACCUUCCGCAGCACCAUUACUCGGCUUCAGACAUACGAGACCUUCUUUUGGUAUGGCUUCUCAAGCUUGCUCUUCAGCCAUGUUUUCCUUUGGGUGAUGCCUACGAAGGCCAACCUAUCUUGGGUCACUUACUUCAGCGGAGACCGAGCCAGGCUGAAUGAAAGGCCCCUUUUCUUGCUCGCUUAUAUGGUCUCUUGUGCUAUCACGCAAACUUUCAACCACUACCGAAAGGAUACCGAUCGUCUGGUCUUGGGUCUGUCAAAGGGCAAGAAUGACAAACAACCCGACGCGUUGAAGCUGGUCUACUUUGCGAUCCCGCACACUUUUAGUGACUCUGUCGCGGGCGCCGCUAGUGCGCUGCCUGUCGCGUUGAUUCUAUAUUACGCCAUUCUGCGAUCAUUCAUUUGGGGAUGGGCGCUCAUGUUCUUGCGCAUUUUCUACAACUUGCCAAAAACCAAUAUGCUCCCGCCUAGUUGGCCGAGUGAUCUUUGGCUUCUCUUCCGUUGUGUUGAGGCUGGAACUUUUGUUCACCUGAUUUGGAACAUUGGUAACUUGGCUUUCUCGACUUUCAUGGUCAAAGAGCCCCUGAAGAACGGCAAGCCUCUUACCUCUGAAUCUAAGGACCCGAAUGGCAGUCUCUUGAAUGGUCUCAAAAGCAAGAAGCUCUCUAUCAAGGCAUUUGCCAUGUGGGAGCUCGCAUAUAUCGCACAAGGCUUUGACACUCGUCGACAAGCUAUCUUUGAAGACAUCGAUCGCAAGGAUGGACCAAUGUGGUCCCAGGUAUAUGCUAUCUGUAUGGACGUGGUCAAAUCUAUUGAGACACGAGUGGAUACAUACGGCAAGGCUCCUGAGGCGCCUCCUGCUGCCCCCGCCGCGGAACCCAAACAACGAGUGUCUGCCCCCCUCAGAGAUGACCCCAUCUUCAACAGCCGAGCAGCUCCCCGGACGAUGCGAAGCGAGGUCGAGAAGCGAUUAAGUCAGGUUGCGCGAUCUCCCGGCGAGUCUCCUGCCUCGAAGCUAAGCCCGAUCGCGAAAAAGACCUGGAAGGAAGCCAAGGAUCGGGUUUUGACGAAGGAACAACAAGAACUCGUCGCUCCCGAUCACCUCAAGGGUCAGUUCGAGCAUUGGACGCUCCAAAUGAUGGAGGUGGACGCUGUUGCUGCUCUGUUUCAACAAGACUUCCGAACUCAGUUUGCCGCUGCGGUGUUGGGUACCCCAUAUGCUGAGCCUACACUUUGCAUCAAUGCUAUCCACGUGCUUCACCAUCUCUCGGUGCAUAGUCUGGCGGAAGAUCAGUUCGGUAAUGUGCACAGAGAUGUGCCAAGCAUCAUCCGCACUUUCACAAUGGUCAUUAAGAAGUUGGAGGCAUUCCGUCUCGAGUUCCCCUUGCACUGGACCGACGUCUCAGGCAAGAGGGUGAGCCCCGAGGUGGAAAAGGUUAUAGAUGCCUUGAAAGUAGCCCUGCAACAGGUGCUUGCCAAGUUUGAGCCUUAUAGCAGCGAUCUUAGAUUGACGCUCAGUGAUAUGCGCUUAGCCAAUGAGGCUUGCGCAGACACGAAGAAAGACGAAAUGGCAGAGGUUGCACGAUAG